CACGACACCGACCAUAUUAUAGUCUGCCGAGGGCGAGAAGAGACUGCAAUUCCUCUUGUCCCUGCUUGACUCUUACCUCUUGCUCGAACGAUCCCGCUCGCGACAUGAGCUCGGAACCGCCAAGCGCGGAUGCUAGGCAAUCAGACAACUUGUGGAAUGACAUUCUCGUAGGAGCUCGAAGACACGGUGAUAGGCUGCCCUCGAAGCAUGUUUUGAUUCUAGGCGAACCGGGACAUGGCAAAUCGACCUUGAUCGAACACCUGUUCGACAGACGGACCUCCUCUCUGAACGCCUUUAGCUCCUCAUCCACCUCGGCCUCGUCGAAGCUAUACACGCCGAUCCAAAGGAUCAGCCAAGGUGUUGGUAGGAUCAAUCAGGGGCACUAUGUCAGGAAUACGGGGAGCAUACGAGCUCGGAAGACGGACCAGAACCAGAUUGAUGGGACCAUCAAUAAGGACCAAGAACCUACCAGUACCUCAGCGGGACUACCAGCGUUGAACGAAGAGGUCUUGAUGGACGAUAGACUACAACCGACGGAGGGUAUGGCAGUCGACUAUGAAUGGGUGGAAGUGAACGACGCGGAUAUAGAAAACGUCCCGCCCAUCUCAUUCUAUACGGCCCCAUCAUCCGAUCUGAAUGUCUUGAAAUCAUUACCAGCGGCAUUACCAGCUGGCUCUCUUCCGCACACUGCCGCCGUAAUCGUACUAGAUUGGACAAAACCUCAUACGAUCGCAGAAGAAUUGGCCCGGUGGUUAGCCUGGAUAGAUCAAUGGUCUACAGCAACAGCUUCGAGAGCCGAGGAACUGGAAGGACAUGACAAGCUACAAUCGCAUCUACAGCACUAUACCGAACCUCAAGCCCAGUCGGCAGCGGGACAGUCAGGGUCAGCUGACGGCGUGACUGCGGGGCCGACCUUUAGCCAGACGUAUCAAAACUACUCGGAUACCGUUUUACCGUUAUCCGCAGGCGUCUUAACGCAUAACAAGUGUGGAGUCCCUAUCAUUAUCGUCUUGACCAAGACUGAUCGGCUCGAUUCUGUCGGGGAUGAGCUCGUGUCCCGGGGAAUAGUGAAGGGCAAAGGGUUGACUUCAGCACCAGGCAGAGGAGGUCAAAAUACAUAUUCCACCUGGAAUUGGGACGAGAGGGUAGAUUGGGCCUUAGCGGCGAUUAGAGUGGCAGGAUUGAUGUACGGCGCGUCCGUGCUCUACACCACGACGGGGAAGCCGAAGACGUUCUCCACCUUGCGGCAACACAUCUUGCACCGCUUGUAUACAACACCGCCAGCGCUGCAUCCACAGCCAUCUUCACCUGUUGCUCAGUUCACGAACACUGCCAAAUCAAACUCGCAGUUCCCUUUUCCCUUUCGUGCAAACCAGCUUGAUCGAGAUUCCAUCAUGAUACCCGCCGGAUGGGACUCGUGGGGCAAGAUCGAGAUCCUGAAAGAGGGAUUCAGUUGCCAGCAAGUGAAUGGGCUAUGGGACACGGCACUAGGACGAGAGGCGCAGAGAUAUAACCAGAAGAAUGGACGGAAUGUCAGCGACGGAUUGCUGCAGGACGAGGACGAUGAGGGCAUCCAGCAGAUCUGGCAGGAUGUGAUCCCGGACCCUACCAACGAUACACAUACAAACGGUAACGCUACCCAAAAGACCCGGAGCGCGAACGAGCAAGACUUUCUCACUCGUCAGCUCGAAUCGCUGCUCAAGGACCCGCAUCGAGACCCUCGUCGUGCGCUUCGGCAAGCGGCUCUUGCGCCUCAGACGCCGACGACGGGCCGGAACCCGAGCUUUUUGGGUGAAAGUCUCGGUCUCGGUCGAGCUACGCCUGGGAUUGUCGGGCCGAUGUCGAGUGAUGGGCUCAGCAUGCCCAACGUCGAAUUGGCCUUUGCCGCCAUGGAAGGUCGAGGUGGACCAGACGACAGCAUGCAGACGCCUAGCAUGCCGAGAAGGGAAUCGCGGCAAGCGGUACAAUCUACCACCUCCAAGCCUCUUGGUACAGACAUUUCCGCCAACACGGCUUCAAACGAAGUGCUGAACAACUUCUUCCAGGGCUUGAUCGCUGGACGACGUACGCCUGGCUCAACUCCGGGAAAGGACGCGGCAUGAAGGGCGUGGCACAAGUUCAGAAUGGCUGAUGACCAAUGCAUGAAUCCUUUCUCCCUUUAUGGGCAUAUAACGACGAUGUAACGACGCGCGCCAGGGACACCCGAUCGAGAGCACAUAUAUAUACAU